AUGUUGCCGCUGUACAUGCUGACCAGAAGUAUUAAUGCGUGCCAGCUGUCACUCCAGGCUUGCCCGCUCGCUCCCGGCAGCCACGUCGCUGCCACAGCUGCUGCCAUGGAGGCCUCCCAGAUCGGGUCCGAGUACGGUAGGUGCGCAAGGUGCGGCGGCGGCGCCUUGACAGGCGGCGCUUUCGCGGGCGGCGCCUUCGCGCGGGGCCCCGCGCAGCUCGCCGCCAGCGGGGCCGAGCACGUGGGGGGUGCUGUGGGCGCUGGCGAGACGAGCGAGGCGGCCUCUGCUAGCGACGCGGACUUCGUGGCCGCGCUGAAACGGGCGUUUCCAGACCGCUGCGCAGGGCCCCGCGCGAAGGCGCUGCCUGUCAAGGCGCCGCCGCCGCACCUUGUGCACCUCGCGCCGCCGGCGGGCGCCCCCUCCGCGGCGGCCAUGGCGGACGCGGUGGAGAAGAAGCUGGAGAUGAGCCUGGACGACAUCGUCAGCGGCAACUUCAGGGCGGAGCGGGCCGGGCCCCAGGCCCAGGCGGAACGCGGCGGCUUCAAGUCGGAGCGGGGCGCCAGCAGGGGCCCUGCCGCCGGGAGGGGCCCAGGGAAGCGCUCCUGGGCGGGAGCCGCCUACGCCGACGCCCCUGCCUUCCGAGGCGCGAUCGGGCCAAGCGGCGAUCGCUCGUCGCGCGCGCGGGCCGCCCCCGUCCGCGCCGCGCCGCGGGGGCUCCGAGGAUGGAACGACGGGUCGGGGAACGCAGGCCUUUGA